GACCGUCGGUCCGUUCUGUCUCUACACAUCGAGUUCGACCGGCGCUUGCUAGACUCCCCGUCGCGGUUGGAGCAUGUCUCUGCCGGAACCAAAUGUCCGUAUCAGCCUCGAUUCCCGACACCUCGCUUGGUCUCACUUCCUCCGAGAUCCAGAUCCUCCGCCAGCAGCAACAGCUGGCCCUGCAGAGUGGCCAUGUCGGCAAUGGGGGUUCCAGAGGCAGAGGCACCGGGCGAACCAGCAACUCCAGUUCGCGCGCCACCAGCGCCGCCAGCGCCGCGAGCAGCCAGGGUCGAUUACUUCUGGAUCCCAUGAGCUUGCGCGCCCUGUCGCAUCAGUUGGAUGGCUUACAAGAACAGAUUCGGAGUCGCAUCGACUUUCUGGAGGAGCAGAUGCAACUGUCCAUCCAAAACACCUACGAUCGCGCCGGAAAUGUCAUCCAGAACGCCGACGCCGAAAUCGCCCGCACGCGAGCCAUCCUGGCCUCCGUCGACGAGCUGGAAAACGAGCUGGCUAAGAUCGGACAUAUACGAGAAAUCGUGAAAGCGUAUCGCGCGCGGAUCGAAGGUCUCGACCAGCGUCUUGACCAAGCCGCCGCCCGCCGUCGACGAUGAUUCUUCGCUCCCGAUCCUCCUCCCCACACUACCGCUCCGACAUACAUACGACAUACAUAUCAUCCUCUG